AUGGAACUGUGGUGCAGUACCCGUGAUUUUGAAAGCAAAACGGCCUUGAGUGAUCAAUCGUCCAGGAAGCAAGAUGUUUGGUGUGGAAAUUGGAACAUCAGUCUGCCAGAUAAGAUUGAAGCUCUGAAUGGAUCCUGUGUGACCAUAAACUGCACAUUUACUAUUAAUAACAUAUAUGACAAUGAUCUCACUGACAGUGCUGCAGGAGUGUGGAGUAAAGUUGGACAUCAAAACAACAACAAUAUAGUGUUUAACUCCAACUCCAACUCCGAUCUACAUUUAAAAGGGAACAUAACUGGAAAAUUAAAAGACAAGGACUGCACUACCAUUUUUCAUAAAAUUACUUCAAAUUACAAAGGCACAUUUAACUUCAGGAUUGAGACUGAUGGAAUGAAAUAUACCUUUGGACAAAAAUCUGUUUUUAUAGAUGUGAUCGACUCUCCCCCCAAACCCACAGUGCAGAUGUUUAAGGAUCAGAUGGAGGUUAAGGUUCAUGAGGAGGUGUUAGAGGGGAGCUCUAUGUUUCUGCGCUGCUCUGCUAAGACUCUCUGCUCCUCUUCUCCACCAACUCUCACAUGGAGCUCCACUGACAGACUCCACCUCAAUGAGAGCAGCAGACUACAGCUGGAUCAACAGAAUCAAACUGAGAUCAUCUCUGAUCUGAACUUCACUGCUACUCACCUUCAACAUGGAGUCACUUUCAUCUGCACUAUAACCUACCAGCUACAGCAGAGGAUCGCAACAGCACAGAGCAACAUCACAUUACGUGUUCAGUAUGCUCCUGAAAACACAUCAGUGUCUGUGUUUCCAUCUAACUCUGUACUGGAGGGCAGUUCAGUGACUUUGAUCUGCAGCAGUGAUGGAAAUCCAGCAGUGUUCAACUACACCUGGUACAGAGAGAAUAGAGGACAGCUGAAGGAGCUGCAGACUGGAUAUAAUCUCACCUUCAAUGUGACUGAUCAUACACACACAGGACGCUAUUACUGUCAAGCCAAAAACAAACAUGGUACCCAAAACACAUCAGUGUUGCUGGACAUUCAGUAUGCAACCAAAAUCUUUCUCAGCUGUAAUAUAACUGAUGUAACUGUGUGUUUGUGUGAGGCUCAUGGGAAUCCCUCUCCUAAAGUGAAGUGGUUUCUAUCUGGACGUCCUGUCAGUAACUCUACAAACACAUUCAUCAGUGAGGAGGGAUUGAACAGCACAGACUUGAGGAGCUUCAUUUCUCUCCAUCAGUCACUUACACACACAGACACUCUGCAGUGUGUCAAUAUCAACACUCACAGCACUGCCAGUCAACAGAUUCAACUGUUUUACUCAUCUUCAAAUUUCAGUGUUUCCUCUAUGCUGACUGGAGCUUUUAUUGGAGCUUCAGUAAUGAUGAUCUUGUGUGUCAUUAAGUAUCUCUAUAAACGAAAUAGAAACAGCAGAUCCACAAAGACAAGACAAGAAGAUAUCGCUGAACUUAAAUUGACUAACGGAGAGAAUGAAGAACCUAUUUAUUCCAAUAAAACUGAUGAAGAUAUUUCACUGAAUUACCCACAAUCCCUUCAUUAUUCCUCCAUUGACUUCACAAACACCCAAAUAGAGUCAGAAGAGAUCAGGGGCAUCUCCUCACUUACUGCUGUCUAUGCUUCUGUCCAACAAGACCCUGACCCGCUGCCAAACAGCAACAUCUCAACAGUGGAGAUGGUGGACAGUAAAGAAAGUGAUCCAGAAAUUAUCAUCAGUACAGACACUGAGCAAGAUCAGACAAAGAAAACAGAUUUGCAGUCAGAAGAAGUUUCUGAUAUAUAUGCUCAAGUAAAACGUGCCACCCAAAAAAUAAAAAAAUAAGGCACUUUUAAAAAAAAUGUAAAAGAGUCUUAAUUAAAAUGAUUUUUAGAAAUAUUCUUACAGAUACUUUUAAAUCUAAAUAAGGCAUCAGCCAGUGUCAUGUUUUAUUAUUUUUGGUCCUUAAAGAUAAUUCCGGUAUUUAACACUUUGAGUCUCAUUUCUGGUUUGUUUUGGAUGAACUACAGUGAUGGACACAGAUAUUUUGACAAUGGGUCGUGUCUUGAGUUUUUGACUCGUUUAGAAGCGUCUCUUGACUGCUUCAGAAUGGAAGUCAAU